UUCAGUUACUUUCAUAUUGUCAGAAAAUGGCGGCUUUGGUUAAGAACGUGAAGUAUCUGUCUUCUCUUGCAAACGUGUGCUUGCGAUCAACAGUUCCCAGAUUAUCUGCUGUAAUUAUUGUUCGACACAUAAAUGAUCGACGCCAACCAUUGCCUUUGAACUUAUUCAAAUUGCAGCCUGCUCAUUCUCAGUUUGUGAGACCAUUUAGCAGCACGACUAUAACAGUUGCUGCUAUAGAGGAAAAGGUUUUGAGUGUGUGCAAAGCAUAUGAUAAAAUCAAUGCUGAAAAGCCAUUCUACCAACCCCGAAGAUGGUAUGCAGGUAAACCACCCCUCACACUAGAGACAAUACAGAAACGAGUUGAACUGGUUUUGAAAUUGUAUGACAAAAUUAACCCUGAAAAGUUGACAAUGGAUUCUCAUUUCAUGAAUGAUCUGGGUCUGGACAGUCUUGAUCAAGUUGAGAUAAUUAUGGCCAUUGAAGAUGAGUUUGGGUUUGAGAUUCCAGAUGCAGAUUCAGAGAGACUAAUGAGACCAAGGGACAUAGUUCAGUAUAUUGCAGACAAAGAGGACAUAUUUCACUGAGUUUUUAGUACUAGUUGGAUCUUAAUAUACAAUUCUUAUAAAACUGUUCUACACUUGGCCACCCAUUGGUGAUUUACUGUGCUGAACACAUUUGUUGAUUGUGUGACUCAAGUGAAGAGUAUUUAAUUUUUUUUUUAAACAAAUGUAUUUUUUUUUUCGAUUAACAAAUUGUCCAAUUGUUUUCUUCAUUUAUUUGCAAAAAUGUCACCAAGAAACUAAAUGUAAAUAUACAGUGCUGAGACUAGAGAGGAACAAACCAAAACUAGUUGAGAGUAACUGUUCACUAUGUGUGUGAUGUGUGAAUGGUGUAGCUUUGUUUCUACUGUAUAUGUAUGAUUUGUUUGGUACCUUUAGAUAAUGUGAUCAUGGAGAUAUUAAAUUUAGAGAAAGGUUA